AUGUCUGGAAAACUAGUUUGCAUUGCUGAUUUUGAAGAGUAUGCUAAAAAAUUCCUCCCCAAAUCAGUGUAUGAUUAUUACCGAUCCGGAGCAGAUGACCAGGAAACGCUAGCAGAUAAUGUAGCAGCAUUUUCAAGAUGGAAGCUGUACCCCCGGGUACUCAGGGAUGUGUCAGUAAUGGACCUGUCAACCUCAGUCUUGGGGCAGAAAAUCAGCAUGCCGCUCUGCGUUGGAGCGACUGCUAUGCAGCGCAUGGCUCACGCUGAUGGAGAGACGGCUACUGCUAAAGGUAAACCGGGCAAAGUGCCCCCCCGCAGCGAGUUAGAGAUGAGCAGA